ACUGAAAUGGUAUAGGUAUAAACACUGACUAUGGAUUAGACCAUAAUUUUAAUAUUGUACUCUUUUAAUUACAUAUAUGUUUUGUUAAAACACUCCGCUUCUGUUUGUGUCUUUAAGUGUUCGCGGCCGAACCCUCGCGAACAAUUUGAGACGGUAACGUAGUAUAGAGAAGGAAAAAUGCAGGUUUCGUUGAUUCUACUUUAGAGAAAUUAUUCGCGGAGGACGAAUGAACAGGUGGAAGACAGGGAUAAUUAAAUCAAACAGCUGCGCUAGAUAAUAUCUGCGAUUAGCCUGGGCAUUGAGAAAUAAGAAUAGUGAUUUCAAAAUGAGGUUUCUGCAAGUUUUAAUAGUCAGACGCGUAGAAAUAUAUACAUUAGGAAAGAGGCUUCUGGUGAGGAGUAGCCAAGCUGCGAACUAAGAGAGUAAAAUAUUUAAGCAAAUGCAAAGGAUGCAAUGGUUGGCAGUGUUACGAAUUAUGAGAUGAAGAUGUUGUGAAGGGACUGUUGCUCAUAAGCUGGUUAGGCGAUCUAAAGCGGGAAUUUCAACAUUGACCGCAGUUGCUUGAAGGAGAAAAUCGAUAAGCUCAGCACUGAACAAGAUCUGGAAAUGACGUUUGUGUAUCUCAAUGUUAGCUUGGGGGUUGCUAUUAUCAUUUUGAACCUGUUGGAAAUAGCACUCAUUGUAAAACGCCGAAAGAAGAUAAAACCGUAUGAGCAAUUGCUCUCGAGUUUAGCAGUUGCCGAUGGCUUAACUGGUCUGCUUUUGGUAGUCAGUAAUUUAUUCAGCAUCAUCCACACGACGACAAACGCACAUAAGAUGGCAUCAAGCAUCUUGUCGUGCAUUAUUUUAACAACAGUCGUAAUCUCGAUAGCAAGUCUGGCCUCGAUUGCGAUUGACCGCAUCCUAGCGGUGAAGUACCCUCUCUACCAUAGAAGGUGGGUGACGAAAUCAAGAGUGUGGUUUUGUGCAGUGGUUGAAUGGGUUGCAACAUGGAUUCUCGUCACUAUACCCAUUCUAGUUGGCAAGUUCAGUGUUAUUCUACCAGAUGACAUGACACAGAUUUAUCAAAAGAUCACAGCGUGGCUUGUGAUCAUCUUUGGUGUAGUAUUCUGCUUUGGAUAUGCUGAGCUGGUUCGCAGUUUGAUUGCACGGCCAAGAUUUUACCAGAUGGACAAGACAAAAGUUGCUUCUGUUAAUACGAAUGUCAUGGCAGGAGACAAAGAAAGAAGUUCAAAGUCAACAGCCAUAGCUUGCAGCAACGAAACUACACAGAGAGUAAACGCCAACAACAAAGACGAAAACCUGGCAAAGCUUCAAGAUUCAGAAGCAGAGAAAAUAUUGACGGAAACGCUGACCGACUGCAAAGAUAAUUUACUGGUAGAAAGUGUUUGCCCGGUUGAAGACAACCCUUGCAAACAGACAAUUGAUGUGACGCAUAAAAAGCGCUCCAGAAGCCUGAGUGAAAUAAUGAAUGAGAAAUGGCAACGGAACACAAAGGGCCGAGAAAAGCAGAGAAGUGCCAGUGACUUUCAACAGACAGGGAGUGAGACGACGAGACCAAGUUUAACAUGCAGCGGAUCAAGUAGCACUGAUGGGCUCGAGCUACCAAAGGAUGACAGUAAGUACAACCGGAGUCGUGCGUCACGCAGAAAUAGGGAAAGACAGGACAGGGCCAAGAGAAAACGCGAAAGAACACUGUCACGCACGGUCGCAUUAACAUGCGUGUUGAUCGUGUUCACAUAUCUAGUCUGCACAACACCUUACGCCAUCCAGAUUCUUACAGGUGGACAGCCGCUGGCUGGCUGGACAGGUUUAAUGUUGUUCUCAAACUCGCUGUUUAACCCGUUAAUAUACUUUUUUAAGGGUUAUCUGGAAACGCUGAUCAGGAGAAAGGAGAAAGCACAGGCAAAAAAACCAAAAGUGGAGGGAAGAGAAACGAUAAGAAUAGUCAAGUUUUCAAAUGAACAAACUGCAAAGUAAUGUAAUUAUAAUGUAUAACUAUAAUGUAAUUAUAGACAUAAUGCAUCACUAAUUUAUGGAAUUAUUAAUUUGGUUUAUGUUAACUUAUUCUAAGCGGGUUAACAUAUAAAACGUUUGUUAACGUAUUGAACGUUGCCUAAUCAAUUUAACGUUGGCUAAUAUAUGCAAAGUUGUCUCAUUAAUACCAUGUGCGUUAAUUUAUUCAAUGAUGGUUAACUUUGUUUAAUGUCGGCCAACAUAUCAAAUGCUGGCUAAUUUAUUCAGCAUUGGGUAAUUUAUUCAGCUAAUUUAUUCAGCUAAUUUAUUCAGCUAAUUUAUUCAGCUAAUUUAUACUUAUACAAUUUAUUCUGAAAGCAAUAAGAGAAAGACGAAGAUAUUGAAAUGAGAGGCAAUUUUUAUUCGAAAGAAGGCCCAGACAAUAAAAAGGCAUGACCAUGUCCCGAACUAAUAAACAAUCUUGUAAAAAACACGAUAACCAACCUUAA